UAUGGGAGAAGGGGUAUUAUAUCGCCAACGCGCACCGAAAGAAGGCAAAAUCAACGACUUCGAAGCUCAUCGCUGAACAAAGUUGCACAACACUUCUCUCUUUGUUGUCAUCAAAGGCGUCUCAUUUUUCUUUCGCAUCGUCAUUUGCAGUUGUCCACAGCAUACAUUCAUCAUUAUGAAGCUCGGUAUCGUCUCGGUUCUUGCAUGGCUUGCAGCGUCCAUGCCGGCGGCUGCUUUGGUUGCAACUACGGAAAACAAUGACGAGAUGAUCCCGUCGUCCUUGGCAAGUGGCAAAGACUACGACGGUCCUCCAGGUCCUCUCUCCAACACACAAGUGCAAAAGACUGUCAUUUGUCCUGGAACCUCUCCUCAAAAUCUAUACGAGGGUCAUAUCCAGUUCGGAGGUCGAACUCGGUUCGUCGUCAAAAACGUCGCCUCGGAUCCCGUCGUCGUCGCAUUUGUCGAUCGAAGCAAUGGAAUGGAAUACUCGGCGGCCAAUGGUGACAUUACUCCAGCUCGAAUGGAUCCAAAUUCUUUUUUAGCUCCAGGCAUGACCAAGGUCUUUGCCGUCAACGAGGGUCACGUCUUUCACGUGCGAGACGCCAAGACCAACGAACUCCUAGCACAACACCGUGCUGGAUUGAUUCCAAUCGAAAACAAAUUUCAACAAGAGAUUGGGCACUGUCCUAUCAAAGACGGAAAAAAGCAAACCUUCGACGAUGGCUCGUAUCGCGUCAUGCGAAAGUUCCCACAAUGGAGACCUGCCUUGGUGGAAAAGUACAGCGAAGAAAUCUACGUCGACGCUGGCUUUAAGAACACGGUCAAGUCCAGCACGGGGCAAACAUGUCCCGUCAAUUUCUACUUUGUCGCCAAGAAUGCAGGAAAAAGCAAAAGACGAAAACCCAACUAUUGGGAACGACUCACUAUGCACUUGGGAGGCAACAACAAAGCCAAGGGGACCGAUGGCGAACUGUGGGAUGCCAGCACCAAGUACGAGCGCACAUAUGUUGGGCACGAGUUUGUCGCACGGUUGGCGCAUGAUGACAGCGUUGUAGUCGAUCACUUGUCCAUUGGACCCGUCAAGAUUCAAGACUGUGGCAAAAAGAAGCAACGUAAUACUGUCCAAGUGGCCUCUCAUGCGACGGCGAUUAUCGUUCCGAUUGGACGAAGCAAUGGGCUGGAUGAAAGUGUCGUGAACCAAACUGUUGCAGAUGUCCUUGCCAAUCCCACCAUGAAUACAACCGAAAGUCGGCGGGGGCUCUACUUCAAAAUGUACACCGAGUAAGUACAAGGGUCGUGUGGCUGAUUGCGGCAUAACGCGCCAACCAACAAGAACAAGGAAUGGAAUCGGGAAAAGUAAGGAAAGACGAGGUGGAAAUACACCUACACCUACACCUAUAUAUGCAUGCCUUCCUGCAAGGAAGUGGAAAGCCAACGACUGAAAACCAGUGUUUGUUCAAGAAUGAGGCGCCCAAAUCAAAUUCUACGCAUUGCACAAAGAGGAGACCAUAGCGGUAGCGUAGCGGCUUGCUUCUGUGAACAGUCAAAGCAGCAGAGGAUCCCAGUCCUUACCAUAGAAAAAGUGUAUAGAUCAUUCAUCAAAAUUUCGUUGCUUGCCACUUCCAAUAACCACUUGGUACCUCUAGCUAGAUAGAUAGAGGAGCGCCAACUUGUUGGGCACAACACGAGGCAAUGGAAUACUAGUAGUACGGC